GGGACCCCAAGGUGCCAGUGCUGUACGAGGUGGAGCGGACCUCUACAGGGAAGAGCUUCUCUGUUCGUUCCGUAAAGGCCAUCCAGCAUGGAAAGCCGAUCUUCACCUGCCAGGCCUCCUUCCAGCUCCCCCAGGAGAGCCCAGUGCAGCACCAGUUCACCAUGCCUGCCGUGCCGCCCCCUGAGGAGCUGCUGACGCAAGAGGAGCUCAUCCAGAAGUUCCUGCAGAAUCCUAACUUGGCGGAGAGAUACAGAAAGCAUCUCAACAGGAUUCAAGCCGAAGAUGUGCCGAUUGAUAUCAAACCCGUGAACCCGCCAGAUGUAUUCUGCUCGGAGCCGCAGGAGCCAAAGCAGCUCUUCUGGGUGCGAGCACGAGGCUACAUAGGAGAGACUGACAUGAAGGUGCACUGCUGCGUGGCUGCCUACAUGUCCGACUACGCCUUCCUGGGCACGGCCCUGCUCCCGCACCGGCAGUACCGCAUCAAGUUCAUGGUGUCCCUCGACCAUUCCAUGUGGUUCCAUGCACCCUUCCGAGCGGACCACUGGAUGCUGUAUGAGUGCGAGAGCCCCUGGGCUGGCGGGUGCCGGGGACUGGUGCAGGGACGGCUGUGGCGCAGGGACGGGGUCCUGGCUGUCACCUGCGCGCAGGAAGGAGUCAUCAGGGUGGAGCAAACGCAAAACCAGAGCAAGCUCUAGCUGAGGAACCCCCGCGGGCUGGGGCUCAGGCAUG